AUUUAUUUUAGCAAAAUAAAAAUGCAAUUAAAAAUAAAUUUUCAUAAACCAAAAAAGCCAUGUGAAAUUUUAAAUUAACAUUUCAAUUGUUUUAAAUCAGGUAGUUUAAAUGCUCGUUUUACUCAUAACCUAAUAGAAAUUAUUUAUAAAAAAUCACUUUAAUUUAAAAAAUAGUUUAUUAUGCAAUUUAAAGGUAGAUAAUUAUUAAAAUAAAUAUUAGGCCCGCUUGUACAAUUGCUGUUUAAAUUUCUUAGUUAAGUGCAGUUUAAGCCUAAGCUUAACUUAAACGACUGGAUCAAUUGUUUCUAAUUUGGUAUUAUGUUUUAUUUUAGUAUAUCAGAAUUAUUAUAGUUGUAGUGAUAAAGCAUGACUGAAAAUAAAUUAUAUUUACCAUUUAAAUAUUCAUGUUUGUAUGAUAAUUUAAAUCAAAUAAAAUUAUUUUCCUUGGAUGAAGGAAAAUCUAAUAAUUGUUUUCAGAAAAAUGAUCUGACAAAACACAACAUAAUUGAUGAAGAAGCCGAUUUGUCUGCAAUGUCUGUCUUAAGCUUAUAUCAAAGUGCAAAUAACCUCGAUAAAGACAUGGAUACAAUGCAGGAUCUAAUUGAAAACCCAAAGAAAAAACCUAAAAUUAUGAUACAAAACUGUGGUUGUGAAUCUCAAGGAACUACCUCAAAUUACUUUUCUAGUCAAAAAGCUAAAUAUUCAAACUGUGAUCCUAUAAAAUGUCCAAAGCCAAACAUAUUUUUUUCUGAUGGAAUUAGAUCUGUAGAUUUUAUACUUGUUUGGGAUGGAUUUGAUAAAGAUGCUACAACAGAAGCAUCAUAUACAAAAAGAAGAAUUUUUGAAACUAAUUUAAUAAAAGAUGGUCUGGAAUUGCAAUAUGAAAAUCAAGAAAAAAAUGGUUUAAAUUUUAUAAAGAUACAUGCUCCUAUUGAGGUAUUAAGAAGAUAUACAGAAAUCCUUAAAAUGAGAAUGCCAAUGAAGAAGUUACCAGCAUUUAAUCAAAUCCACACAAAAACCAAUUUUAUAAUAGAUGGGAUUACCAAUUCAUGGGAUAAAGUAAAAAGUAUAUUGUUUGUCGAUACCGAUAAAUUUCCAGAGAAGGGACAUCGAUUCACUGCCAUAUACAGUCGUGAUAAAGAAUAUCUGUUCGACGUUGAUUCUCCAUGUUUUUUUACACCAGCAAUACACUCCCGAAUAGUUCAGUUUAUUUUGGAUAGAAAACGAUUUAGCGAAAAUAUCAACGAUGAUUUCGGAUUUGGAAUGGAAAGGUUGUUAAAUGAAAAAGUUUAUACCGCUGUGUAUCCCUUACAUGAUGGCGACUUGCGUAAUCCUGGUUCUAUAAGAAACUUAUUAUAUAACGAAUGGGCUUCUAUUUCCAAAUGGUACAGAUACCAACCAUUGGAUUAUGUUAAGGAAUAUUUUGGAGUAAAAAUUGCUUUAUAUUUUGCUUGGCUGGGAUAUUAUACACAUAUUUUAUUACCAGCAGCAAUAAUGGGACUAGCUUGUUUUAUAUUUUCUGUAUCCACUUUAUAUUUGGAUAAACCCAGUGAAGAUAUUUGUAAUUUAAAUUUAACAACCAAAAUGUGUCCUUUAUGUGAUUAUUGGUGUGACUAUUGGGAUUUAAAAGAAACAUGUGUUCAUGCGAAAAUUACUUAUCUUUUUGAUAAUGGAACUACUGUAUUUUUCGCCAUAUUUAUGUCUUUUUGGGCCACAUUAUUUUUGGAAAUGUGGAAGAGAUAUUCAGCAGAAAUAACGCACAGAUGGGAUUUAACUGGAUUUGAUAUUCAAGAAGAGCAUCCAAGACCGCAAUAUUUGGCUAGAUUGGCCCAUGUUAAACGAAAACAAAUUAACCUAGUUACCAAUACUAUGGAGCCGCAUGUUCCCUUUUGGAAAAUUAGAGUACCUGUGACAAUAUUUAGUUUUUCUGUGGUUAUACUUUUGGUUACUUUGGCUUUGGCAGCUGUAGUCGCAGUAGUUUUAUAUAGAAUGUCCUUAUUGGUAGCACUACAAGUAUAUGCCGGACAGGUGGAUAAUAGUUCAGCCAUUUUAUUUACUACAGCAACAGCCGCAUGCAUUAAUUUAUGCUGCAUUGUUGUAUUUAAUUGGAUUUACACCUUUGUUGCUGAAUAUCUAACUGAACUUGAGUUGUUAAGAACACAAACCGAAUUUGAUGAUUCGUUAACUUUAAAAAUAUAUCUCUUACAAUUUGUAAACUACUAUGCUUCCAUAUUUUAUAUUGCCUUUUUUAAAGGCAAAUUCAUAGGUUCACCGAAAAGUUAUAACAAAAUAUUUGGAUAUCGGCAAGAAGAGUGUGGGCCAGGAGGAUGCCUAAUGGAAUUAUGUAUUCAGUUGGGUAUUAUUAUGGUCGGCAAACAAGCUAUGAAUACAGUUCUUGAGAUGGUAUUUCCCUUAUUUUAUAAAUGGCUAAACACUCUUAAAGUAAAGACUGGUUUAACAAAGGAUACUUAUUCUUCCAAAGGUUCUCAGUCGCAAUGGAUAAAGGAUUAUAAGCUGGUGGAAUGGGGACCAAGAAGUUUAUUUCCAGAAUAUUUAGAAAUGGUUUUACAAUACGGAUUUGUUACUAUUUUCGUAGCAGCAUUUCCGUUGGCUCCAUUUUUUGCCUUACUAAACAACAUUUUAGAAAUGAGGUUGGACGCUAGAAAACUAUUAACAUUUUAUAGAAGACCGGUGUCUCAAAGAGUGCGUGAUAUUGGUGUGUGGUAUAGAAUUUUGGAUUCUAUUGGAAAAUUGUCUGUUGUAACAAAUGGUUUUAUAAUAGCAUUUACAUCAGAUUUUAUUCCUAAAUUAAUAUAUAGAAUGACAGUCAGCGAAAAUCAGAGUUUACAUGGUUACUUAAAUAACUCUUUGUCAACAUUUAAAACCAGCGAUUUUCCGAUUAGCUCAGCACCAAGAAAUUUUAGUUCAGAAGAAUUUUGCCGGUAUCCAGAUUAUCGAGAACCACCUUGGUCUCCUAACAAAUAUGAACGGACCACACUAUACUGGACAAUAUUAGCAGCACGUUUAUUGUUUGUAGUGUUAUUUGAAAAUCUUGUUGUUUUUGUUAUGAUUGUGGUUAAAUGGUGCAUACCGGAUAUUCCUGGUGAUUUGAUGGAUAGAAUUAGACGGGAGGCCUACAUUACUAACGAGAUUAUUAUUAAACAAGAGACUAUUAGAGCUCAAAACGGACAUUUGUAUUCGGGUCUGACCCUAAAAAAGGAAAAUCUUGAAAAUAUUAAUGAAUGUCCUGCUACUCCAGAACAAUGGGAUAGAUUAAUUAGUAAAUCUCUAUCAGGUAGUGAAUUUGAUUUAAUGGUCCAUGGAAACGUUCACAAAUCUGAUUGUAUAAGAUCCCCAUCUUCUGUCUAACCUACUAAUUUUAAAGAUAUUUAUUUGUAAAUGCAUGUACUUACUAGUUGUUAAGUUUAGCUUUAUUUAUAUGUAUGUUACAAUACUUGUGUGCUUGUUGAAAUUAAUAAUAUUAAUUUUGUUUUCGUUGCAAUUUUAAUUGUUGUGUAACACUAACAUUUUUAAUUUUUAUAAAGAAUUUGUAAUAUUUUAAAGACAUCAAACAGGUAUGCCACUUAUUGAAAUGUCUAUGUUGUAAUUUUUGGAAUUUUUAUUUUGAUUUAGUAUGUAGCCAUUUGGUGAAAAAAUACUCUUAAUUAUUUUCAACGCAAGUUUAUAUGGAUUGUUUUAAUAUAUUUUAUUUUGUUUA